AUGACUAAGAAACUGAUCAAAAAGAGAGAACAUCCCGGGGAAUUCACUAUUCCUUGCACCAUAGGCAUACUCCAAUUCCCUAAAGCUUUAUGCGAUUUGGGAGCAAGCAUAAACUUAAUGCCCUAUGCGAUAUACAAACACCUUGGGUUGGGUGAAUCAAAAGCAACCACAAUGAGACUCCUGAUGGCAGACCGUUCAAUCAAACAUCCUGUGGUGAUACAUUAUGACAUCUUGGUAAAGGUCGAUCGGUUCAUUUUUCCGGCUGAUUUUGUGAAUUUAGAUUGUGAAAUAGAUGCCGAAAUUCCCAUUAUUUUGGGAAGGCCAUUCUUGGCAACCGGGAGAGCAUUGGUAGAUGUUGAAAGUGGAAAAUUGAAGUUUCGGGUGAACAAAGAUGAAGUAACCUUCAAUAUUUGUAAAUCCAUGAAACACCCAAGUGAUAUUCAUUUGGUGUCUACUGAUGAUGUUAUUGAUGAGGUGGUAGCUAGUGUAAACCAUUUGAUGUGCAUGAAUGAACCCCUUGAAGCUGCACUUGCUAAUUAUGAUGAAUUCGAAGUUCAGGGCUAUGAGAAAGUAGUAGCCGCCUUGUCAGGAUUAGGAGGGUAUUUAAAGGUUCCAAUCAAGUUGGAUAUUGACCUAAAAAAUAGAGUGAGUCUUCCCGCAAAGCCAUCAACAGAAGAACCACGUAAUCUGGAAUUAAAAGCUCUUCCCUCUUAUCUCCGACAUGCUUUCUUGGAAAAAAAUAACACUUUACCUGUGAUCAUUGCAGCUGACUUUCUUGAAUGGCAGGUGAAAUUGCUCCUUGAAGUGUUCCGAAAGCAUAUAAAAGCUAUAAGAUAG